AUGCAAAGCUUAAGAAGAUCAACUUCCGGUUUGUUGGCUGUGAACAAACAGUUUAAAAGUUACAGGUCAGUAACAAUAAAUGCUGCUGUCGCGACGAAUGACGAAGCCUUGAAAUCAUGGCGCGAGAUACCUGGUCCAUCAAGUUUACCGCUCAUUGGACAGAUACAUCAUUUUCUUCCUGGAGGAUCAUUGUACCACCAUAGAAAAUUUAUAGCAGAUGUAUUAUUCGAGCAAUACGGACCAAUCGUAAAACUUGACGGUCAAUUCGGAUCGCCCACGUUAAUAUUACUCCGUGAUGCAGAAGGUUCAGCACAAAUUCUUCGUGGUGAAAAUUGGAUGCCAAUACGAGCAGGAUUCGAAUCGCUGAAUUAUUUUCGUACGAAACAUUUCAAGAAAGAAGACGACCUUCCUGAUACGCCGACUGGCUUGAUUUCAGACCAGGGUGAGGUCUGGAAAAAAUUUCGGUCUACAGUGAAUCCUAUAUUGCUGCAACCCAAAACUAUCAAAUUAUAUAGCAGUACUCUUAAUGAAGUGGCUGAAGAUAUGGUCAAAAGAAUGAGAUCAAAACGUAACGAAAAAAAUAUGAUAGAAGGUAAAAUAGAUGUGGAGAUGAACUUAUGGGCAUUAGAAUCUAUUGGAGUAGUAGCUCUUGGUGGCCGUAUUAAUUGCUUCGACCCUAAUUUACCAGAAGACUCUCCUGCACGGAAACUAAUACAAAUCGUCCAUAAUAUAUUUAAAUCUGCUGAUGAACUAGAUUUUAAACCAAGCUUGUGGCGAUAUAUGCCCACUCCAGCUUUCAAACGUUCAAUGAAAUACUAUGCCGAUCAGAUUGAAGUAAGCCAAUUUUUCAUCCGUAAAGCCAUGGAAAACCUCAAAAAUAAAAAGACGUCCCCUAACGAAGAAAAGAGUGUGUUAGAAAAAUUACUUGAAAUCGAUGAAAGAGUCGCAGUCGUUAUGGCAAGUGAUAUGCUGUUUGCUGGAGUAGAUACUGCUGCUAACACUAUCAUAGCGACAUUUUAUUUAUUGGCUAAAAAUCCAGAAAAGCAAAAUAAACUACGAGAAGAGAUAAUGUCGAACCAAGAAAAACGACCAUAUCUUAAAGCAUGCCUUAAAGAGUCUCUGAGAAUGAUGCCGGUUGUAAGUGGGAACAUGAGGACGACUACUAAAGAAUACAAUAUAAUGGGUUAUAAAAUACCUAAAGGCAUGUAUGUGACAUUUGCCCAUCAAUCGUUGUCUUUGAUGGAGGAACACUAUCCAAAGCCAAAAGAAUUUAUACCCGAAAGAUGGCUGGCUAAUAAAGAGGAUCCACUAUACCAUGGAAAUGCUCAUCCGUUCGCACACAGCCCCUUCGGUUUUGGAGUUAGGAGUUGUAUAGGUCGACGUAUAGCCGAAUUGGAAUUAGAAACGUUCCUCGCAAAGGCCAUCGAGAAUUUCCAAAUAGAAUGGUUCGGGCCGCCGUUAGAGAUUAAACAAACCUCCCUCAACUACAUUGUUGGACCUUUUAACUUUAUAUUUAAAGAUGUU